AUGAGCGCCGCGCCCGAUCCGGAAACAGGACCCAUUGCGGCCGCCGAGACCGCGACGGCAACGUCAACCAGUUCUGGCCAAGACUCGCCGCCACUGCGUCCGUUGAAGGGUGUCGAGUCUCGGCAUAGCCACCGCAGCCGAGCCUCGUCCCACUCGUCCACCGGUACCGACCCGCUUGAGCCCCUCGAGCAAGCCCUGACGCCUGACCUCGAGACGGAGGCUGAGCAUGUUGCCAGAGAGCCCAUCACGUACAUGCGCACCGGCACGAGUAUCGGCAGCACCGCAUCGCGGCCCCCGGAUUUUGAAGUUGUCUUUGAGCCGGACGAUCCCGAGAACCCCAAGAACUGGCCGUUGUGGUACCGUGGCUGGACUAUCUUUGUCGUGUCACUAUCUACUUGGAUCAUCGUACUGUAUAGCACGAGCUAUACCGCCUCCAUUCCGGGUCUCGUUGAGGAGUACCACUCGACGCAGGUCAUUGCGACGCUUGGUGUUACGACAUACCUCCUCGGUCUUGCAGCUGGCAGCUUGAUUGUGGCACCGAUGAGUGAGCUGUACGGCCGCCAUUAUGUCUAUAUUGGUUGCUUCACCGUAUCAUCACUCUUGAUUAUCCCUUGCGGUCUGGCGAAGUCCCUGACCACCCUAAUCGUCGUCCGCUUCUUCGGCGCAUUGUUCGGAGCUGCCUUGAUUGCCAACAGCCCAGGAACAGUAGUUGAUAUAUCAACCGAGGAAUAUCGUGCACUAGCCAUGUCUUUUUACAGUAUUGCACCCCUGAAUGGUCCCGUAACAGGACCCCUCAUCGGUGGCUUCGUCUUUCAGUACAUGGGCUGGAGAUGGACUAAUUGGAUUGUUCUCAUCCUUGCCGGUGUUGGCAUCGCCCUUAUGUUCACCCUUCGCGAAACGUACGCACCGACUAUCCUCCAGCGCAAGGCAGCACGGAUGCGUAAGGAGACAGACGACCCGCGUUGGUGGUGCCGCUACGACGAGAAAGUUUCUAAGAUCCAUCUUAUCAAGCUGAAUCUAAGUCGACCCUUCGUUUUAAGUUUCACAGAACCCAUUCUGUGGUUCUUCAAUCUAUGGAUCUCCCUCAUCUACGGCAUUCUCUAUCUAUGCUUCGUCGCAUACCCGAUUGUUUUCUCACAGUACCGCGGCUGGGGACCAGGCGUCUCAGGCCUUGCUUUCAUCGGCAUCGGCAUCGGCACUAUCCUGGCCAUCUGCUGCGAGCCCAUCUUCCGUCGCAUCAUUAACGCCCAUCCAAAGGACCCUGUGACCGGUCGCGUCCCUCCCGAGGCCACUGCCCGGGUCAUGACUAUAGGCGCCGUCCUCACCCCCGUUGGCCAACUUGUCUUCUCCUGGACAUGUCUGCCGGCUACUAUCCACUGGGCGAUCCCCAUUGCUUUCGGAAUUCCCUUUGGCGCCGGUAAUACAAUAUCAUUCAUCUAUGGCUCGAACUACCUCGCAGGAGCCUACGGGAUCUACGCUGCCUCCGCUUUGGCAGGAAACGCUGUUAUGCGAUCUAUGUUUGGAGGCACGUUGCCCCUCGCGGGGCCAUCCAUGUACAAAGCCUUGACGCCCCAGUGGGCUGGCACGCUGUGCGGGCUACUCGAGCUCGCACUCAUCCCCAUCCCCCUUAUCUUCUGGCGGUACGGCGAGCGAAUUCGUGCCAAGAGCCCCGUCAUCAGGCAGAUGAGGGAAGACCAGGAGAAGAACGAGACCAAACGUGCCAAACAGCAGGCACGUAUGGAAAGGAAAAAGGACAGAGAAGCCGCUGCCGCGGCUGCUGCCGGUACUGGUGAGAAGUCGACUGGCGUACUGGCGAACGAGGAGCAGACCGAGCCAAGGGAUAUCGAGAAGAGUGUCUGA